CUCCAGUAUGACGUCACAUUACGCGGCGAUUUCGAGUUGCUUCAUUUUUGGUAAAAUCGACUUUGUAAUUUUAUUUUAUCAUAGAGCUUCUAUACAAAAUAAAAAACAACGAUGUCCGUGGACGAAAAUGAAACAGAAUUUUUGAAGGCGUUUAGAAACGAAGAUAAUUUUACACAACUACAUAACUAUUUCAUUAAGGAAAUUGAUCAAUCAAAGUUACAAGAAAAUGCGUGGGAGUAUAUCAGUUUAUUGAUGAGUCAUGCUAAGGAACAUCAAGUUUGUGAUGAAAGUUUACAAACAGUAGAAGACAUUUUUACCGUCAUAUCUGAAAAUGGAAAUGCACGAGAAUUAAUAUUUGGAAUUCUAGAACAAUUUGAUCCAAUGGUUGAACUGCGCUUGGUUGAAAUUCUCAUACCAUCGUUGAGUGUAGUGUGCACAAACUUAAUGAAAUCUAACAACACGUUGAAGAACAAAUGCUAUGAUAUGAGCAUGACGUUUUCCUCACUUACAUACUACUGUGACAGCCUCAACCUACCAAAGUAUGAAAACUAUGACCCAACGGAGAAAUGUGAACAACCAUUGGAAGAAUCAAAAAUUUUAAGGUAUGUUGAAAAAUGCAUAGACAUUUCAAAUUCAAUGCUGUCAGUUUUGAUCCAAAGUUUAACUGAAGUUGAAAAAUCUGAUGAAAAUUUAAUGGAGUCAAUAGUUGCAGAACCAUUAUCAUUUUAUUGUUGUAUGUUGGAACGACUUUCUCAACUAAAUGUAGAAGAACAAAAUAUGUGCAACAGUUGUAAACCAAAUUGUAUCAAAUCAACUUUUGCAGCAUCCAGUCUUGAUACUGUCAACAAAGCCACUGUAUGCUCCAAAAUUAUUAAGUAUAUCCAUGAAGUUCGUCGACCUUGGUGUUUGUUGUGUGAUAAAAUGUGGGAAAAAUUUGUUAUGCUUGAAACAAAGCUCAAUGAUGAAGAUAAGACUUUGUUGGCACGUGGAUGUUACCUCUAUCUCGUAUACGUGAAACAUCAGGAUAUCGAUAGUUGUACACAGGUUGUUAACCCUUUGUUUAAUUUUACGUGUUGUUUUCAUUCUGUUCUCACAUUGUUGAAAUCAAGUAACGAAACCACAAUUUAUAAAGGUCUUGAGAUGUUCUGUUGCAUCAUCAACAAACUUGAUCCAUUUGCGCUUCACUGGAGUAAAUUAACCUACAAUCUCAUCAACUUGGUGAAUUCCACUUCAAUAAAACAACCUGUGAUGGAAAUCUUCUUAACAGCAGUGUCUAUUGCUGUUCAUAAUUCAAACACAAUUCUUCGGCAAAAGGCUAUACAGCUGGUUCCUAAAUUUCUUGACAAGUUUGUGUGGAUAGAUCGCUCACAUCUGUUGGAACGUUUACUUUCUGUUACUGAACAUUACGGAGUAAAAGGUUACUUGUGUCAAUAUUUCAAAAAUAAACUGAAUGAUAUAUUGCAGGAUGAUCCCCCACCUGGAGCUGAAGUAUUUAUCUCAGAGUCUCGCUUUUCAGCAAUCCUUGAACAAGUUCUCGUUCUCUCAAAUGGCUCAGAUUCCGAUUUUCUUCAGGAGCAUGAUCUGGUGAUGUCUGGACUUAAUCUUCUACGAUUUCUGCUCCUGAGAGACGUAAAAAACUUGACUGGUGUUUGGUCUUGUGUGAAGAGAUAUGAAGUGAGCUACAUCAAACCAAUACGAACCGGUCUAAACUUGUCUGCAAUGCAUUACAGGGAUGAAUUACAGAAUCGGACUAAACCAACUUCACUGAGCCCAGAUUUUUAUGUCAAUGGUUUAGAUUUUCCGGCACUUCCUGCUCAGAAAAGAAAGGAGGUGGUUGACGCAGCAAUUCUUAGUUUUGAUAUCAUGCAAGGAGUAUGUUCCAGAGUACAGCAACUUAUUGAUAAGAAUCCCUAAAAAUGUGCCUUUUAAACAAUAUAUUUAUUUUAACCUGUGUUUGUUUUUGUUUUAAAUAUUAAUGUCGGUUAAUAUUUAAAAGUAUACAACUGUUUUAACUUUAUCAGUAGCCAAUGGUCAUAACCGAAAUAUUAAAUUUUCAAAUAUUUUUGCGAAAACAUAAUUUACUCAUUCAUCUAUGUAGGUAACGAACAUGUUACUUCUGUCUAUAAAAAUGUUUUAGGUUAUGUAUAUUAGAGUUCCUUAUAAAAACAGAGUAGAGCGGGAAAAGAUGGGACGCUUAAGCACAUAUUGCCAAAUUAAAUACAUGACGGUUUUGGGUAAUACCACCAAUUAGUACUAUCAUUACUUAUUAAUUACCGCUUUGAAAAUCAAGUUGAAAUGCUCUUUUCAUUACCCUACUGCUAUCUAUAGUUUUUAAAAUGUUACCUACAUUGUAUUAUUGCGAGACAAUUGGUAUUGUUUAAACAAUAACUAGUAUUGUUUGAACAUCAAUUGAAAUGUUGUAUCCUACAAAUACAUGUCAACUUG